GGGAAGCUGGCAGCUCUGAACAACAACUGGCUGCCCCACGGGAAUGUAUCUGAUGAGACAUGUCAAAGAGUAAGGCAGGAGGAUAUAAAGGUCCUUAUGCUCAGAAGAAAAAAGAGGGUGAGUUAAGGAGCACAGUAAGGUACAAAUGUGGAUUAACCAACACAAUUCAGGAUGUCCUGCGGCAAAGGCCUGGGUGGUUAGAGGUCAAAGAUGAUGGUGAAUGGGACUUCAACUGGUGUGAUGUUGGAUGGCUUAGAGAGAACUACGACCAUUCCUACAUGGAGGAACAUGUGCGAAUAUGCCAUUUCCGCAACCACUAUGAGCUAACAAGGAAAAACCUCAUGGUGAAAAACCUGAAGAGGUACCGGAAAUUCCUGGAGCGAGAGUCUGGCCGUUCAGAGGCGGCGAAAUGUGACUUUUUCCCACGUACCUUUGAACUGCCCAGCGAAUACCAUCUUUUUGUGGAAGAGUUCAAACGCACCCCCGGCAGUACCUGGAUCAUGAAGCCGGUGGCUCGGUCUCAGGGAAAAGGCAUAUUUCUCUUCCGUAAGCUGAAAGACAUAAUGGACUGGAAGAAGGAUGGAACACGGUCAGAGGAGCAAAGGGACGAAACUCAGGUUGAGAGUUACGUUGCCCAGCGCUACAUUGAGAACCCAUACCUCAUCAGUGGAAGGAAGUUUGAUCUGAGAGUCUACAUUCUGGUGUCAUCUUACAUUCCUUUAAAGGCCUGGCUGUAUCGAGAUGGCUUUGCACGCUUCUCCAGUACACGUUUCUCUCUCAACAGCAUUGAUGAUCAGUAUGUCCAUCUUACCAAUGUGGCAGUGCAAAAAACAGCUCCAGAUUAUGACCCAGAAAAGGGUUGCAAAUGGGAGAUUCAGAAGCUGCGUCGGUAUCUGUCCGCAAAGCACGGCUCAGAAACCGUAGAAUCUCUCUUCAAGGAAAUAGACAACAUAUUUGUACGCAGCCUACAGAGUGUGCAGAAGGUCAUCAUCAACGACAAGCACUGCUUUGAGUUGUAUGGAUAUGACAUUUUGUUGGACCAGGACCUAAAACCAUGGCUGAUUGAGGUGAAUGCCUCUCCCUCUCUCACCGCCAGUAGCCAGGAGGACUACGAGAUGAAAUGUCGACUACUGGAGGACACCCUGCACAUAGUGGACAUGGAGGGCAGACUCACAGGCCGGGAGAAGAGGGUUGGGGGUUUUGACCUGAUGUGGAAUGAUGGACCUGUUUACAGAGAUGAUGUCAACUUGGAGACACUGGGCCUUUCCUGUUUCUCUGCAAAUACACAUCUAGGCUGCAUCAAUGACAGAGAGAAACAGCUGCGGCAACUUCUGAAGCCCUUUCCUGGACAGAAGAAGACGUGAAGGAAGCAACCCAAUAAUAAUGAGUUUGAAUAUACAAUAUAUUUAACUAUACUGUAGCUAUUAUAACAUAGCAAUUUCAGUAUCUGUCUGAAAUCAUGUGUAUUUUAAACAGUCUACCAGUGUAAA